GGGGCGUGGUCUGGGGGCGGUACUGGUCCUCAGCUCGACCCAGUUUGAAAGUGAACCGACGGUCCAGUCUCUGCUUCAGCCACCAGACAACAACAAUAAACCGUGAGUGGUCAAAAGCCGAAGCCCGAUCCCAAGUGUGCUUCAGCCUGUCGCCGGCCCUCCUGACGAGCUGCCACAAUGAUGCGAAAAGAUGUGAACAAGCCCAAGGGAAAGACGUCGGCAUACGCCUUCUUUGUGCAGACGUGUCGAGAGGAGCACCGCAAGAAGAACCCAGAGCAGUCUGUCAACUUUGCCGAGUUCUCCAAGAAGUGUUCAGAGAGAUGGAAGGCUCUGUCUCCCAGUGAUAAGAAGUGUUUUGAGGACAUGGCCAAGGCUGACAAGGUGCGUUACAACAGGGAGAUGAGAGACUACGUCCCGCCCAAAGGCUUUGGAAAGAGAGGUCGCAAGAGGAAAGACCCCAACGCACCCAAACGACCACCGUCUGCGUUCUUCGUCUUCUGCAGCGAGUACCGUCCCAGCGUGAAGCAGCAGUACCCGGGCCUCUCCAUAGGGGACUGCGCCAAAAAACUGGGAGAGAUGUGGAGCAAGCUGUCACAGUCUGACAAGCAACCGUAUGAAGAGAAGGCGCAGAAACUCAGAGAGAAAUAUGACCGGGACAUGGUGGCAUAUCGGGGUGGCGCUUCAUACGCCAGGAACCCCGGUUCAUCAGCACAGGGGGGCGAGGAAGAGGAGGAGGAUGAAGGCGAGGAUGAAGAAGAAGAGGACGAAGAUGAUGAGUAGGGACCCAGCUGUAGGGACACAGAGGUGUGUGUGUGUGUGUGUGUGUGUGUGUGUGUAUGCGUGUGUGUGUGUGAGGAGUAAGGUCAAAUUUCAGAUCUUUCACACAAACUUUUUUUUUAGAGAAAAUACGUCUCCAAGCUGCUGAUUGGCUUAUAAAGUGGCAGGGGCGGAGCUUCACAGGAGGCAUGGUUACAGGUAGACAUACACACGGGAGCCAGUCGGAGGCACUUGUGUUGUCCCCCUCAAUGGACCGACACUGUCCUAGUUGUCCUCAUUUGUGUGUGUUUUUUUUUUUUUUUUUACUUGAGCUUCUUGCUCCCUGUGUUGUGCAUAGAGGUCAAAGGUCACAGCUCAGCUGGACCAUGUGACGUACACACACACGCACACACUGUGGAUAACUGAUUGCUUGUGUGUGUGAGAUGAGGUCAAUGGAUGUUACAAGUGUCUGAGGAGGAUGACACCCUCUGUUGGUUAUCCCCACCGGCCCCUCCCCCAGCCAUGCUUACCUGUGUGUUACCAUGGAGACCGUGGACUCUUCAUUGUCAUGUUGUUUUUUUACAUUUUUUUUUGUUCACAGUCAACGUAGAAACGACUUUUAUAAUAAAACAAAUGAGGAAAAUGUA